AUGGAAUCCCCAAGUUCACUUUUCGACGUGGAUAAGGUUCUCCGUGAGGCGACGGUUGCUGAGAAAGUCGGUCUGAUCUCAGGGAAGGACGCAUGGCACACCUAUGAUAUUCCCCGACUGGGCGUGCCAUCGAUUCGCUUCACUGAUGGCUCAGAUGGAGCCCGAGGCACGGGGUUCGACGUUUCUUUGCCUUGCGGCACUGCUCUUGGGGCAACGUGGAAUCGAGAACUCGUUCGGCAAGGCGGGGAGCUCAUUGGAUUGGAGGUCAAGGCCAGUGGUGCGCAAAUCUGGUUAGGUCCUACCGUCAAUAUCCAGCGAUCGCCUCUCGGCGGUCGAAACUUCCAGUCGUUCGCCGAGGACCCGCUCUUAUCAGGCAAGUUAGCUGGUAGCUACAUUGGUGGCGCUCAGUCGAAGGAUAUUGUGUCGACCUUGAGGCAUUUUGUCGCGAAUGAUCAGGAACAUGAGAGAAUGGCGGUUGACGUGCGUAUCACUGAACGAGCCCUAAGGGAGAUUUACCUUUUGCCGUUUCAAAUCGCCUUGAAAAAGAGCAAGCCGGGAGUCAUCAUCGCUUCUUGUAACAAAGUGAAUGGAUUACAUGUCUCCGAGAGUCCCGCGCUGCUGGAAGAUGUGCUGCGGCGGGAAUGGGGGUUCAAAGGAAUGAUUAUGAGUGACUGGCAUGGCACAUAUUCGACAGUCGAGGCCAUAAAUGCUGGUCUAGACCUGGAAAUGCCAGGACCAUCAAGGCUACGGGGAAAGCUAGCUGAACUAGCAGUCUCAUCUCGAAAAGUCUCACAUGCGACGCUAGACGCUCGGGCACGCAAUGUACUGAAUCUUGUUAAGAGGUGUGAGAGAGUCGAAUAUGCCUUCUCAUCGGCCAAAUCCAAUCAGUACGUUCCUGCGGAUGGAUCUACCAACCGUCGGCUCGCCAGGGAAAGCAUCGUGCUCUUGAAGAAUGACAGCGGAAUUCUGCCUAUUUCGUAUAACAAGGUUGAUGAAAUAGCCCUCAUCGGACCCAAUUUAAAGAAUGGAGCAUACUGUGGUGGAAGUGCUCAGUUUAGUUCCUCUCAUGUCGUUACGAACUAUGAAGGCAUUGUGAACCGACUCAGCCAUAAAGGGCGGUAUAAUUGGGACCAGGUCGAGGACGCGAAAAUAAAUUACGAUAUUGGAGUCCAUACCUGGGGCUUCCUCCCAUUACUCGGCUCCCAAAUCACAUCGCCCGACGCUCUGGUAAAAGGACUUCGUAUGUUUUUCUUUUCGGAGCCGCCGUCCACCCCGAAACGGAAAAUCGUCGAUAUCAUGGAUAUCACCGACUCGAUCUGGGACCUUACGGAAUAUUCCCAUGCAAAGUUGGGACCUGAAUUUUGGGUAGAUGUUGAGGGGACAUUCUGUGCUGACGAGACUGGAGACUAUGAAUGGGGCAUCGCUUGUUGUGGCACGGCCAGUCUUUUCAUUGAUGGAGCAAUGGUCAUUGACAACACUACCACUCAGCAGCCGGGGAAUUCCUUCUUUGGAAGGGGAUCGACGGAGAAGAAGGCUGUGAUGCAUAUUGAAGAGGGUCAAAACUACAAAAUCAAGGUUGAAUUCGGAAGUCUUCCUACUUUAAAGAUCCACAAAGAAGGUGUGGUGGCCUAUGGUGGUGCUGGAGCUGGCCGUAUUGGCGUUUGGCCAGUCUCAGACCCAGACAAGACUAUUCCUCGCGCAGCUGCCCUUGCUGCCAGGUGCAAAUACACCAUAGAAGAAUUUGAGAGCGAGGGCUUUGACAGACCGACGAUGGAUUUACCCGAGUCAAUUGAUCGAUUGAUCGCCGCAGUGCUGGAUGCUAAUCCCGAUGCAAUCAUUGUGACACAGUCCGGUGCGCCGAUCAACAUGCAGCCUUGGGCCUCACGGGCAAAGGCUAUGGUUCACAUGUGGUACGGUGGUGGUUAUAUGGGGACCGGACUAGCUGAUGUUCUAUUUGGCGAUGCCAGCCCCAGUGGCAAGCUUCCUGUUACUUUCCCCAAUGCCAUUGAAGAUACGCCAGCUUUUCUGAAUUUUGAAAGCGAGCGCGGACGCACUGUUUACGGCGAGGGUGUAUACGUUGGCUAUCGCUAUUACGAAAAGUUAAAGAAAAGUGUCGCAUUUCCAUUUGGGCAUGGGCUAUCUUACACAACAUUCGCAUUGUCCGAACUCUCUAUAUCGCCAAGGGCAGUGACUCUGAGCGUACACAAUACUGGGAUGUUCAAAGGAGCUGCAGUCGUACAACUCUACAUAUCUCCUUCCCCAACGAAUACUGUUUCACGGCCAAUGAAGGAGCUCAAGGGCUUUACCAAGAUCUUCCUUGAUACGUGCCAAUGCGAGGAGGUUGUCAUGAGGCUUGACCGUCUGUCAACUUCAUUCUGGGAUGAGACUUUAGGCUGCUGGCUGAGUGAGAAGGGCACUUAUGGGAUUCAUGUGGGCCACAGUAGUGCAAAUAUUGUUUUGACAGGAACACUCGAAGUCAAGGAAACAACUACCUGGACCGGUCUUGACUUCUAG